UCGUUGUUAUUCGUUCGCCGCGAACGGUAAUAUUUGCAAAACUCCUAAUUAUUCGCGAUAUAUACAUAUAUAUUGUUCGCUUCGAACGCUUUAUUUAAAACGCAUUAGGGAUAUUAUAGGCGUUUUACUAAACUAAAGUAAAAUUGCAGUAUCAGUUCUAUAGCAUACUAUAGUUUUGCAUAUAAAUAACUAUUUGGUGAAAUACUAGUGUUCGCACAAGUCUGCAAAAUCAAAUAAGGCAAAGUUUUUUACUUAAAACAGUCUUGUUUUUUUAUUUCAAACGGAUAAUUUGAAUAGUGGGAGUUCCAACCGAUAUUAAAUCAAGUUAUUAGUUGAUUGGAGCCCUCUUAUAAUUUCAUUGUUUGAGUUUGUGUUUGUGAGCAUAGACGUUUUAAUAGUAUUCACUUGCUUUAAAUACAUUUUAAACACAAAAAAAGUAUAUUUCUAUAUACUACGCUCACUACAAAUCACGUAAAUUUACAACGCACAUAUCCAGCCGUCCGUCGUUGAGUGUUAUAUUUAUAAAUAAACAAGAAGUGAAGAUUUACAACCAGAACGCGUAUAAAAAGCGCCCAGAAAGUACACAUACUAAAAGCCAACAAGAUGACCUCGACUCCACCAAAAAUGGGCGAAGAUUUGCUUGGCGAAUCUUGGAUUGAGCUGAGCAGUGCCGCUACAAUGGCUGGCGUGAAGAGUCCCGAUAGAAUCACACCAUUGCCUUUCGCAAGUGGCGAAGAAUAUUUACGUUUGCUGCGCGAGGCGCAACGCGAAUCAAAUCAAUCCAGUCGUGUUGUCUCCCUAGCCAGCUCGCGACGUGAUACACCCAGGGAUAGCCCGAAAUCACCACCAAACAGUCCAAACACCGAACUCACACCUGACGAGGAACUCAAAAAUGUCUACAUAAAUUAUUGGAGCAAGGAUGGCGAUAGUCACAAAGACACCGAUUGGCUGGAUGAAUGGAAUAGUCGACCGGAUCAACAACCACCAAAAGAUUGGAAGUUUGAACAUCCACAAAAGAAGAAGAGCUCUGGUUAUUCCAUACGUUUGACACGUGUAGGCAAGAAUUCGCUCUUCUCCAGAGAAAUACUAUACUCGCUCAUACUGUCGAAUGUACUAUCCUUGCUAUUGGGCGCUGGACUUGGCUUAUGGCUCAGCAAACGUGGCAUACUCUUGACCCGUGUCGUCAUUGACUGAACUGAAUGUUAAAGAAAAGUGAUCUAUAUACAUACAUAUUAUACUAAUUUUAUAAUUUUAAACGGAGCGUAAAGCAAAAGCUAAAGAGGAGCGAAAAAAAUGAUACAAAAGCAACAUUUAAAUAUUUGUAAUAAAUAUGAAAUUGAAGAUUUAAACAAAAUACGCGAUGUAAUUGAAAAUUGUUAGGGAGGGAGCUAACAGACAAUGAAGAUAAUGCAUAAAAAGGAAUAAACAACAAUAAACAAAACAUAUUUUCAUACCAACAAAACAAUAAAGCGGAAUUAAAAAGGCGGUGAAGUUAUUUAUAGCAAAGCGUA